AUGGUUCGACAGCAGCCUCCGCCCGGCUCAGAUGAGUCGGAGAUGAAGGACUGGCUGGAAGAAGUCGACCAGAGCAUGGGCUUUCGGCCCGCCAGUGCCUUGGGCAUGUCGUGUGGCACCGUGACAAUCGACCCCCAUCAGGCCAAGGUGCUGGUGAUCUGGAAUAACCGGCUGAAACUGUAUCAGCUUCCGAAGGGCAGGAGAAACAUCAACGAGAGCAUGCUCGCCGCUGCGCUGCGCGAGACGCACGAGGAGACAGGUCUCCGUGUCACACCUCUGAAGCUCGACAUCGCGACUCGGGCAACCCUACCCAAGACUCAGCGGGCGGACACGUCCCAGAAGCCGCCAAACAUCACCGAGGGUUAUCCGAGUACCGAGUUUGUCGGCGCUUGCCUGUAUCCCGAUCCGCAGUCCGAGACCGAGGCAUUGAAGAUCGUCUACUUCUUCGCGGCGACUGCGCGAUGCACCGAUAAACCGGAUUCCGGAACCCAGGAGGAGUGGGAAAAGCUUGACGCAAAAUGGAUCCCGCUCUCCGAGGUGGACAGCACCCUGCGCUUCGGAGCCGAGGUGCUGACUGUCAAGAAGACGGUGGAGGAUAUGAGGAGGUCCGGAUAUACUAUUGCUGCAUGA